AUGAAGUUAAAAAUACCCUAAGUUCUUAGAUUUUAAACUGAAACUAAAAGCCAAUAAAGUAAUUCAAUAAAGGAUUUAGAUAUUUCAAAAAACCAUGAUCAAACAUAGCAAUAAAACUAAAAAUCUCAUUAGAUAGUAAAUCAUUAUUUUCAGCCAAAAUUAAAAGUAAUAACUAGUUUAAAGCCUUAACUUUUGGUUAAUUAAAUACCAAUUCAUUAAAAUAAAAGUUUUCGAGAACUCUCCUUUGCUGAAUCUUCAGGAAGUCCCAAAUCAAAAAGAGAAGAAAAAUUUGAUGAAGUUUGUUCAAGUUUUAGAGGUAGAAUUUAAUCAAUUAAACAAUAAAUGUCUCCUUACUUAAUCAAUUAAUAAUCACCUCCUUCAAUGAGGAACCUAGAAAGUUAAAAAAAGAUUUAGGAAAAUACUUUCUAAUAUAAUAGACAUUAAGUAAAUAAAUAAAAAGAAAUUGAUUAUUCCCCUUCUUAUUAGCUUGCUUAGAAUGAGUAUAUGAAUAAUUUUUAGUAAACAAAAAGUCCCCGGCAUUUAGUUCCAUUUCAAAUAGAAAAAUCUGUCAAAGAUAUUGAAAGAUCAAUUAAAAGAUAAAAUGAAAAAUAUUUAUCUCCAAUAUCAGCCGAGAAGAAUGUUGUAUGUCCUUAAAUUAAACAAUUUGAUAAAGGUUAAGAAUUUAAAGAAAAAAAUUAUAAUAAAUUAAAAUAAAGAAAAAAAUCAAUACAUUUACCCUAGAGUUAUGAAGAUGUAAUAAAUAGAAAAGUAAAGAACUUUUAGAAAAGUACUUUUUAAAAUUAAUGCAUUCAUUUAAUAUAUAUUAGACCUUCAGCGAUAAGGAUUUAAAAAUAUCUUUUAAAAGAUGUUAAAAAUGAAGAAUUAUUAAGAAAAUGUUUCAGUUAUAGAUGGUGGUGGUAAGAAUCAACCAAUCAAGGCGAAGAUGUUGAAUUCUUUUGGUAUUCUCAAGCUUCAAUUUCUUUUUUAAAUAAAUAAGAAUAAAGACAUAUUAGUGAUAAAAAAUAAUUUCAACCAUUUGAAUAAAUUGUAAAAAAAGCUCAAGGAGUAGAAGAUUAAAUGAAAUUUGCUAUUGAAAAUAAACUAAGUUUAUUAUCACCAAUAAUAAAAGUACAUAAUCAUAUUGAUCUUUCAUAUCCAUUAUGGACAAAAAAGAAUUUAAUUGGCUAAAUUAUUAAAUAUUGUCAACUAACAAGAUAAUAUGUUGAAAAUUUCAUUCCGCUUUCGAUGGUAGUGGAUUAUUUAGGUGAAAAUCUGCUUUCUGAAUUCUUGAAAAAUCUUAAUACAUCAACAAGUGUUUGGGUUGUAAGAAAAAGCGAUUUCAAAGAAGAUGAUAAAAUUAUGAUUUGUCAAAACACAUAAAGUGUAUUCAAUCAUCUUUCUAAAGAAUUCAAGAUGUCAAAUAGAAAUUAAUAAAGUUUUAUAGUAUAAUAAUUUAUUAGUUCAUUUGCAUAUUAAGAAAUUUAAUUAGAUCUAUGUUAUUAUUUACUUAUUACUCAAAUAAAUGGGAUUGUAAGGGGAUAUUUUUUUUAAUAAUUUUAUGGAUAAUAAUCAAAAAUAUAAUUUUCUAAUUUUGAUAAUGAAUCUCGCAUAAUUUAAAUUGAAAAUUCAAAAUAAGAAAUUUAAAAUCAAUACAUUCCUAUGAAAAAUAUUUAAAAUCAUUUUAAAAAACAUAAUAUUGAUUAUAAAAAUAAGAUAUACCCAUAGAUAAAACAUAUUUUGUGUGAAUAUUUGAAAUCCAUAUUUAUUCAAAUGCCAGUUAAAGAUCACAACUUUGAGGUAUUAAAAAUUAUUUUAAUUAGUUACUUAAAGUUGUGAUUAUAAUUGAUAAUGAAAGCAAACCUUGGUUAAUUAAUACAGAAUCAAAUCCUGUUUUUGAAACUGAUCUAGAAUUUAUGAAGGAUUAUUCAUAACUAUUAUUAGAUAAUGUUUUAUAACUUGGAUUAGAUAUUUUAUUCCCAUCACCAUCUAUAUGGCCAAAAGAGAAAAAACGAGAUAUAGAAAUUUAUUAAGAAAUAAACUAUUUCGAUUUAGUUUUCGAUUCAAGAAUUGAAGGAAAAGGAUUAAAAUCCUUAUUUGAAUAAAAUUAUAAUAAAGAUAAUUAUUGCGAUGAUGAAUAUUGA